AUGGCAACAACCCGGGGUUGGGGGGGCGUGUCCCGGGGGCGUUGCCGCGGUGACGGCGGGGAGGGCGUGGCCCGCAGGCCCCGCCCCCCGGGGUGUGAUGAGCUGCCGCGGGCUCAGCGCGCGCCGCGGCCGCAGCGCAGAACCCCUCCCCAGGGGUCCCGCAACCCCCCGGCCCCGCUGAUCCCCCCGCGCCCCCCCCCGCCCCGGGCACUGCGGCAGCGGCUCCGCAUCCCCGGGCAGAGCCCCCCCCGCGUUGCCCCGGGGGGGCCUGAGCUCUCCCAGCGCCGCCCCCUCCCCAAAUUUGGGGGUCCCCAAAGGCCACCAUGUUGUCCCCCCCCCCCCUACGACCCCCUGGAGCUGCCGCGGUUCAGCGACCCCCGCUGGGAGGGGGAGGGGGGCGCGGGGGGGCCCGAGGAGGAGGAGGAGGAGGAGGAGGACGAAGGCUCCGCCCGGCGCUUCGAGCGCUCCCGCAUCAAAGCCCUGGCAGACGAGCGCGAGGCCGUGCAGAAGAAAACCUUCACCAAGUGGGUGAAUUCCCACCUGGCGCGGGGGUCGCACCUGAGCGACCUCUACAGCGACCUGCGGGACGGGCGGCUCCUGCUGCGGCUGCUCGAGGGGCUCUCGGGGGAGACCCUGCCGCGCCCCACGCGGGGCCGGAUGCGGAUCCACUGCCUGGAGAACGUGGAGAAGGCGCUGCGCUUCCUGCGCGAGCAGCGCGUGCACCUGGAGAACGUGGGCUCGCACGACAUCGUGGAUGGCAACCCCCGCCUGACCCUCGGCCUGGUCUGGACCAUCAUCCUGCGCUUCCAGAUCCAGGACAUCAGCGUGGAGACCGGGGACACGCGGGAGCGGAAAUCGGCCAAGGACGCGCUGCUGGCCUGGUGCCAGAUGAAAACCGCGGGGUACCCCAAUGUGAACGUGCAGAACUUCACCACGAGCUGGAGGGACGGGCUGGCCUUCUGCGCCCUCAUCCACCGGCACCGGCCGGAGCUGCUGGACGUGGGGUCCCUGCGCGGAGCCAACGCCCUCCACAACCUGCAGAGCGCCUUCGCCGUGGCCGAGCGCGAGCUGGGGGUCACUCGGCUGCUGGACCCCGAGGAUGUGGCCGUGGAGCAGCCGGACGAGCGGUCAGUGCUGACCUACGUGGCCGCACUCUACCAUCACUUCUCCAGGAUGAAGGCGCUGGCCGUGGAGGGAAAACGCGUCGGGAAGGUGCUGGAGGCGGCGCGCGAGGCCGAGGGCCUGGCCGGCCGUUACGAGGCGCAGGCGGCCGAGCUGCUGGGCUGGAUCCAGCGCUCGCUGCUGCUCCUCACUGACCGGCGCCUGCCCCGCGGCAUCCCCGGCCUGCAGGGGCAGCUCCAGGCCUUCAGCGCCUACCGCACCACCGAGAAACCCCCCCGGUUCGAGGACAAGGGCUCCCUGGAGGUGCUGCUGUUCUCGCUCCGGAGCCGCCUCCGCGCCAACAACCAGCGGCAGUUCGUGCCACGGGAGGGGACCCACAGCGCCGACAUCAACAGGGCGUGGGAGCGGCUGGAGAAGGCGGAGCACGGCCGGGAGCUGGCGCUGCGCUCGGAGCUGCUCCGGCAGCAGCACCUGGAGCAGCUGGCAGCGAGGUUCCACCGCAAGGCCGCCCUCAGGGAGACCUGGCUGGGGGACAACCAGCGCCUGGUGGCACAGGACAAUUUCGGGGGGUCCCUGGGGGGGGUCGAGGCCGCGCUGCGCAAGCACGAGGCCAUCGAGAGCGACAUCGCCGCCUACGGCAGCCGCGUGCGCGCCGUCACCGCCGUGGCCGCCGAGCUGGAGGCCGAGCGCUAUCACGACAUGGGCGGCAUCGCGACACGGCGCGACCACGUGGUGUCGCUCUGGGAGGCGCUGCGGGCGCAGGUGGCGGCGCGGCGCGAGCGGCUCCGGGCGCACCUGGAGCUGCAGCGGCUCCUGCGCGACCUGGAGCACCUGAUGGGCUGGAUGGAGGAGAUGGAGGUGCGGCUGCGGUCGCGGGAUUUCGGGCAGCACCUGAGCCAGGUGGACGAUCUGCUGCAGAUCCACGCCCUGGUCGAGGGGGACGUGGCGGCGCAGGCCGAGAGGGUCCGGAGUGUGGGGGCGGCGGCCGAGCGCUUCCUCGGGGAGGGGGGCGGGUACCGCCCGUGCCCCCCGGAGCAGCUGCGGGCCCGCGUGGCGGCUCUGGAGCUGCGCUACCGGGGGCUGUCGGCGCUGUCGGAGCAGCGGCGGCUGCGGCUGGAGCGCUCCCGGCGCCUCUGGAAGUUCCUGUGGGACGCGGGCGAGGAGGAGGCCUGGAUGCGGGAGCAGGAGCGGCUCCUGCGCUGCCCGGAGCUGGGCCGGGACCUGCCGGGGGCCCUGCGGAUGCUGAGCCAGCUCGAGGCCAUCCGAGGGGCGCUGGGGGGACGCGCGGGGCCGCUGCAGCGGCUGCUGGAGCGGGGCCGGGAGCUGCUGGCGCAGGGAGCCCCCGACGGAGCCGCGGCAUCCACGGAAGCCACCCCUGGAUCAGUGGAAGCCACCCCUGGCUCGACGGGAUCCGCUGCCGGAUCCAUGGGAAGCGCAAAACCCGCGGAAUCCGCUGCUGGAUCCACCGCCAGAUCCCCGGAACCCCCCACGGGACCCCCGGAAUGCAAGAACGCGUCCCUGGGACGCGCUGCUGGACCCCCGGAAUCCACCGAGGGACUCUCGGCACCCGCCACCAGAGCCGCGGAACGCCCCGACGGAUCCACGGAAGCCCCUGAGGGACCCCCGGGCCCCGCUCCCGGCUCCCCCGACCCCGCGGCCGCCGUGUCCCGCCGGAUCCGGGAGCUGGAGUCGCUCUGGGCGGCGCUGCCGGCGCUGGCCGGGGCCCGGGAGCGGCGGCUCCGCGCGGCCGCGGGGCGAUUCCAGCUGGACGCGGAGGCGGCCGAGGCCGAGGCGUGGCUGGCGGCCGCCGCCCGGCGAGUGGCGGCGCCGGAGCUCGGCCACGACGAGAGAUCCGCGGGGAUGCUGGAGCGGCGGCUGCGGGAGCUGCAGGACGAGAUGCGGCGGCGCGGGCCGGCGCUGGCGGCGCUGCGGGAGCAGGCGCUGCCCGGCGAUGCCGCCGACGUUCCCGACGUGGUGCCGGGGCUGGCGGAGCGCCUGGCGGAGCUGGAGCGGCGGCACCGGGAGCUGGAGGAGCGGGCGGAGCUGCGGCGCCUGGAGCUGCGGGACGCGCUGGGAUUGUUCGCGGCGCGCAGCGAGGCCGAUGCCUGCGCGCUCUGGGUGGGCGAGAGGGAGCAGUGGCUGCUCUCCAUGGAGAUUCCCGAGCGGAUCGAGGACCUGGAGGUGGUGCAGCAGCGGUUCGAGACGCUGGAGCCGGAGCUGGCGGCGCUGGCGGCGCGCGUGGCCUCCGUGGGCCGCGUCACGCAGGAGCUGCGGGGAUCCGGGGACAGGAACCGGGAGAGCGCCCGGGACACCUGGGAGCAGCUCCGGGACAGGUGGGAGCGGUUCCGGGCGCUGGCCGAGCGCAAGAAGGUGGCGCUGACCGCGGCGCUGAACAUCCACAAUUUCCGCCUGGAAUGCCACGAGACGCGGGGCUGGAUGCGGGAGAAGACGGCGGCGAUCGAGGCCACGCGGGCGCUGGGCCGGGACCUGGCGGGGAUCACGGCGCUGCAGGGGAAGCUGUCGGGGAUGGGGCGCGACCUGGACGCCAUCCAGGGAAAGCUGCGGGAGCUGCGGGCCGAGGGCGAGAAGCUGCAGGGGGAGCAGCCGGAGCGAGCGCCCGAGAUCCGCGAGGGGCUGGCGGGGCUCGAGGCCGAGUGGGACGCGCUGCGCCGGUGCCACCGGAGCCGCGAGGAGUCCCUGGGCCAGGCGCGGCGGCUCCAGGGCUUCCUGCGGGACCUGGCGGCGCUCCAGGCGUGGCUGUCCCGCACCCGCGCGGCCGCGGGCUCCGAGGAUGUCCCCGCGUCGCUGGCCGAGGCCGAGGGCUCCCUGCGGCAGCACGAGAGCCUCCGCACCGAGAUCUCGCACUACGGCGCCGAUUACCGGAGCGCCCGCGCCGCCGGCCGGGAGGUGACGCGGGGACAGACGGACCCGCAGAGCCUGUCCCUGCUGCAGCGCCUGGAAGCGCUGGAUGCGGACUGGGAAGAGCUGGGCCGGGUGUGGGAGAAGCGGCAGCGGCUCCUGGCCCAGGCUGUCGCCUUCCACGUGUUCCUGCGGGACGCCAAGCAGGUGGAGGGGACGCUGGGGAAGCAGGAGCACACGCUGGCCCACACGGAGAUGCCGGGCACGGUGCCGGGCGCGGAGGCGGCCGUGCGGAGGCUGGAGGAGUUCCUGGCCGCGCUGGACACCGGCACCGAGCGCGUCCGGGCGCUCACGGACACCGGGCGGAAGCUGCUGGACGAGGGCGGCGUCCACGCGGAAAAGGUGCGGGAGACGGUGGAGUCAGUGGAGAGCAGGCACCAGAAGAUCCGGGAAUCGGCCCAGGAGCUGCUGGGGCGGCUGCGGGAUAACUGGGAGCUGCAGAAGUUCCUGCAGGAUGGGCAGGAGCUGACGCUGUGGCUGAACGAGAAGCUGCCGGUGGCUCGGGACAUGUCCUAUGAGGGCACGCGGGACCUGCAGGGCAAGUGGCAGAAGCACCAGGCCUUCGCCGCCGAGCUCGCGGCCAACCGGGGCUGGCUGGAGGCGCUGGAGAAGGACGGCGAGCAGCUGGCGCGGGCGCGGCCGGCGCUGGCCGGACAAGUGACCACGCCCCGGCAGGAGCUGCGGGCGCUGUGGGCGCAGGUGGAGGCGGCGGCGGCCGCCAAGGGCCGGGGUUUGGCCGAGGCCGCGCGCGCCGAGAGCUGCGCCCAGGCCUGCGCCGGACUGCGCUCGUGGCUGGCCGGGGUCCGCGCCCAGCUCCGCUCCGGCCACUGCGGCCAGGACCUGACCAGCGUCGGGGUCCUGCUGACCCGGCACCAGCUGCUGGAGACGCAGGCGGCGCUGCGGGAGCAGGAGGUGGGGGCGCUGCGGGCGCAGGCCGGGGGGCUCAGCCCGGGGCACCCCCGGAGCGCGGGGGUGCAGGAGCAGGUGCGGGAGCUGGAGCAGCAGUUCCGGGAGCUGCGGGAGCCGCUGCGGGAGCGCGGGCGGAGCCUCGCGGCCGCCAGGGAGCUGCACCAGUUCCGCAGGGAUCUGGAGGACGAGCUCCUGUGGGUGCAGGAGCGCCAGGCCCUGGCCAUGUCCACGGACCACGGCAAGGACCUGCCCUCGGUGCAGCUGCUGCUCCAGAAGAACGAGACGCUGCAGAAGGAGCUGCAGGGCCGCGAGCGCCGCGUGACGGAGCUGCUGGAGCGGGAGGUGCCCCGGGCCGGGGUCCCCGGCUCGGGGGUGCCCGGGGGGGUCCCCGGGGGGGUCCCGGCGCUGCGGGAGGCCUGGCGGGAGCUGCGGGCGCAGGCGGCGCGGAGGCAGCGGCGCCUGGAGGCCGCCUUGGCCGCCCAACGCUUCCUGCGCGACGCCGCGGCCGCCGAGGCCUGGCUGGGCGAGCGCGAGCUGCACAUGCUGGCCCAGGACAAGGCCAAGGACGAGCCGGGCGCCCAGGCCAUGCUGAGCCGGCACCUGGGGCUGGAGCAGGAGCUGCGUGACUACGGCGCCACCGUGGAGCUGCUGGCCGAGCAGGGCCGGGCCAUGGCGGCCGGCGGCCACCCCGACGGCGAGCGGCUCCGUGCCCGCGCCGCGCAGCUGCAGCGUCUCUACGCGGGGCUGUGUCACCUGGCCGGGGAGCGCAGGGCCACCCUGCAGGGCCACCACCGGCUGUGCCAGCUGCGCCGCGACCUCGAUGACCUGGAGCAGUGGAUCUCGGAGCGAGAGGUGGUGGCGGCGUCCCGGGAGCUGGGGCAGGACUUCGAGCACGUCACGCUGCUCCGGGACAAGUUCCGCGAGUUCUCCCGGGACACGGGCGGGCUGGGCCAGGAGCGGGUGGACGCGGCCAACGCGGCGGCGGCGGCGCUGAUCGCCGGGGGCCACCCCGAGCGCGCGGCCCGUGGCCAGUGGCAAGCGGGGCUCAACGAGGCCUGGGCCGAGCUGCUGGAGCUCGUGGCCACGCGGGCGCAGGAGCUGGCGGCCGCGCACGACCUGCAGCGCUUCCGGCGCGACGCCCGGCAGGUGCUGGCGCAGCUCCGCGCCAAGGCCCGGCAGGUGCCCGAGGAGCUGGGGCGCGACCUGCGCGCGGCCGAGGGGCUGGAGAGGCAGCACCGCGCCUUCGAGCACGACGUGCAGGCCCUGAGCGCGCAGGUGACAGCUGUCCAGGAGGCCGCGGGCCGCCUGGCCGCGGCGUACGCGGGCCCGCGGGCCGAGGAGCUGCGGGCGCAGGAGGGCGCGGUGGCCCGCGGCUGGGCCGAGCUCCGCGGGCGCUGCCAGCGCCGGCGCUGCCUGCUCGGGGACAGCGUGGAGCAGUUCCGGUUCCUCCGCGCCGCCCGCGACCUCCGGCUCUGGAUGGACGGCGUGCACCUGCAGCUGCAGGCCCGCGAGCGGCCCAGGGAUGUCACCGCGGCCGAGCUGCUGAUCCAGCAGCACCAGGGGCUGCGGGCGGAGCUGGAGGCGCGCGAGGGCUCCUUCGGGGCCUGCGUGGCCGCGGCCACGGCGCUGCUGCAGCGCGGCCACCACGACGCCGACAAGCUGUCCCAGGAGCUGGCCGAGCUCCAGGAGCGCCGCAGGGACAUCGGGGAGCGCUGGCAGGACAAGCUGGAGUGGCUGCAGACUGAGGGUGCGAACUGA